UCAAGCCGUGAUUGGCUCAGCCGCCCAGUUCGCACCCGACCGCUCGAGAGACCCCUCCCGACACAGGGAAGCGAGCGCCAAACCCAUGAAACUCGUGCUGCUCUCGGCGCUCACCAUCGGCACCGCGGCCAAGGAGCUCACCAGCUCCAACUGGGACGCGGAAACCAGCGGCAAGUCCGUCUUCGUAAAGUUCCUGGCCCCUUGGUGAGGCCACUGCAAGAACAUGAAGCCCGCCUGGGACAAGCUGAUGAAGGACUUCGAGGGGUCCACCACCUCGCUGGUCGCCGACGUCGACUGCACCGAGUCGGGGAAGGACCUGUGCGAGACGCAUGGGGUCCAGGGCUUCCCCACGAUCAAGUACGGCGACCCCGGCGACCUCAAGGACUACGAGGGCGGCCGCGACUACGACGAGCUCAAGAAGUUUGCGAGCGAGAACCUCGGGCCGACCUGUGGCCCAGACUACAUGGAGCUCUGCGACGCCAAGUCGAAGGAGAAGAUCAACAAGUACAUGGCCAUGUCUGCGGCGGACCUCGAGGCCAAGAUCAAGAAGGCCAUCGAGGUGGUCGAGGUGGACAUCCCCAUCAUGAACAAGGCCAUCUCGUACGCCAAGAGGUAGGGCGCGCCCCACGCCGAUCCCAAUAGUUAUUUUCCACCAGUUUUGGCCACCGUAUUUUCCCACGCCGGGCAGGAAGAGCUGUAGAGAUAGCACCGUCGCAUCGGCGCGGCGAAGGCGGGCCGCGCCCAGCCGCCGUGCCUCCGGGCCCAGCCGCAGUGGCCCAGCGAAUGAGGCCGCCCCCGGCUCCGUGCCUCUGCCGCGCGCCCGAAGGCGCGCGGCUGGAGCGGCGCCGGGGCUGCGAGCCGAGAGCUGCGAGCCGCCGGCCAGCCGGCCCAGAGGACUGCUCCUCCUCCUCCCCCUCCUCCUCCUCCUCCUCCUGCACAAGUGGGCGGCCGCCCUCUGGAGCGCAGAGGGGCCACCGAGGCCGCAGAGGGGCGCCCGGCCACCACCACUACCGAGGCGGCCCUCGGGGUCCGAGGAGCAGCCCAGGCAUACCCGCCUCGUGGCAAAAUCCAUGCCCGCCUCGUGGCAAGAGCAGGGCGGGAGGUGUCUGGCCGCUUUUCAAGCAGUGGCGAAGCGUCCCGGC